CCACGGCUCGGGACUGGUGUGGAAGUGACUCCACCUCCCCCUCCGCCCAGUGGCCCGGCGGGAUUUAGUCUGUUCCGGGAACCCGAGGCUCACAGAGGUCCAGAAAGCUGCGCUCCCCUCCCGGCCACAGCGUUUUGCGCCUCCGUCCCGCCGCUGGACCUUCCAUCCCAGACCAGCUGCCAUGAAGAUUGCCGUGAUCGGGCAGAGCCUGUUUGGCCAGGAAGUUUACAGCCACCUGAGGAAGGAGGGCCAUGAGAUAGUCGGCGUGUUCACUGUCCCAGACAAGGAUGGGAAGGCCGACCCCCUGGGCCUGGAAGCCGAGAAGGAUGGAGUGCCAGUGUUCAAAUUCCCCCGCUGGCGGGUGAAAGGACAGGCUCUGCCAGAUGUGGUGGCAAAAUACCAGGCUUUGGGUGCCGAGCUCAAUGUCCUGCCCUUCUGCAGCCAGUUCAUCCCCAUGGAGAUCAUUAGUGCUCCCCGGCAUGGCUCCAUCAUCUACCACCCAUCUCUGCUCCCCAGGCAUCGAGGGGCCUCGGCCAUCAACUGGACCCUCAUUCAUGGAGAUAAGAAAGGAGGGUUUACCGUCUUCUGGGCAGAUGAUGGACUGGACACGGGGGACCUGCUGCUGCAGAAGGAGUGUGAGAUCUUCCCAGAUGACACCGUGAGCACUUUGUACAACCGCUUCCUCUUCCCUGAAGGCAUCAAAGGGAUGGUGCAGGCUGUGCAUCUGAUUGCUGAAGGAAAAGCUCCCAGACUUUCUCAGCCCGAGGAAGGAGCCACCUAUGAGGGAAUUCAGAAAAAGGAAAAUGCCAAGAUCAACUGGGACCAGCCAGCAGAAGCCAUUCAUAACUGGAUCCGUGGGAACGACAAAGUACCGGGUGCCUGGACUGAGGCCUGUGGACAGAAGCUGACAUUCUUCAACUCGACGCUGAACACUGCAGGCCUGGCAGCCGAGGGGGAAGCUCUGCCCAUUCCAGGAGCCCACCGGCCGGGAGUGGUGACCAAAGCAGGGCUCCUCCUUUUUGGGAAUGAUGACAGAAUGCUGCUAGUCAAGAACAUCCAGAUGGAGGAUGGCAAGAUGAUCCCAGCCUCACGCUUCUUCAAGGGAGCAGCCGACAGUGCCCUCGAGCUGACAGAGGAGGAGCUGGCCACUGCAGAGGCUGUGAGGAAUGUUUGGCAAAGGAUUCUCCCCAACGUCCUGGAGGUUGAAGACUCCACCGAUUUCUUCAAGUCAGGGGCUGCAUCAGUGGAUGUUGUGAGACUGCUGGAGGAAGUAAAGGAGCUGUGUGAUGGCCUGGAGUUGGAAAAUGAAGAUGUGUACAUGGCAACCUCGUUUGGGGACUUCAUCCAGUUGUUGGUGAGAAAGCUGCGAGGGGAAGAUGAAGACGAGCUAGUCAUCGACUACGUGGAAAAGUCGGUGAAUAAGCUGACUGUCCGAAUACCCCACCAACUCUUCAUUGGGGGCAAGUUUGUGGAUGCCGAGGACAGCAAGACCUAUGAAACCAUCAACCCCACGGAUGGAAGCGCCAUCUGCCAGGUGUCCCUGGCCCAGCUGGCUGAUGUGGACAAGGCGGUGGCUGCUGCAAAGGAUGCCUUUGAGAAUGGAUUGUGGGGGAAGAUCAAUGCACGGGACAGGGGGCGGCUUUUGUACAGGUUGGCAGACCUGAUGGAGCAGCAUCAGGAGGAGCUGGCCACCAUCGAGGCCCUGGAUGCGGGGGCCGUCUAUACUCUGGCCCUGAAGACCCAUGUGGGAAUGUCCGUCCAGACCUUCCGCUACUUUGCAGGCUGGUGCGACAAGAUCCAGGGCUCCACCAUCCCCAUCAACCAGGCCAGACCAAACCGCAACCUGACCUUCACCAAGAAAGAGCCGAUCGGGGUCUGUGGCAUUAUCAUCCCCUGGAAUUACCCUCUGAUGAUGCUCUCCUGGAAGACGGCUGCUUGCCUGGCUGCUGGGAACACUGUGGUAAUCAAACCUGCCCAGGUGACCCCACUCACAGCCUUGAAGUUUGCAGAGCUGACAGUGAAGGCUGGCAUUCCAAAGGGCGUAGUCAACAUCCUCCCAGGAUCUGGCUCCAGGGUUGGGCAGAGACUCUCGGAACAUCCCGAUGUGAGGAAAAUUGGGUUCACCGGCUCCACAGAAGUGGGAAAGCUUAUCAUGAAAAGCUGUGCUCUCAGCAAUUUGAAGAAGGUCUCCCUGGAGCUAGGCGGAAAGUCACCCCUCAUCAUCUUUGCCGACUGUGACCUGAACAAGGCCGUGCAAAUGGGGAUGAGCUCGGUUUUCUUCAACAAGGGAGAGAACUGCAUUGCAGCGGGCCGACUCUUCGUAGAGGACUCAAUUCACGACCUCUUUGUGCAGAAAGUGGUAGAAGAGGUGAAGAAGAUGAAGAUCGGGGACCCUUUGGACCGGAGCACCAACCACGGGCCUCAGAAUCACCAUGCCCACUUAAAGAAGCUGAUUGAAUAUUGCCAGCGUGGAGUGGAGGAAGGAGCCACACUGGUCUAUGGUGGAAAACAAGUCCCUCGGCCAGGUUUCUUCUUUGAGCCGACUGUUUUGACUAACGUGGAGGACCACAUGUUUGUAGCCAAGGAAGAGUCCUUUGGCCCCAUCAUGCUCAUUUCUCGGUUUGCUGAUGGCGACAUGGAUACCAUGCUGUCUCGGGCCAAUGCCACGGAGUUUGGCCUGGCCUCUGGCGUCUUCACCAGGGACAUCAACAAGGCCCUGUACGUCAGCGACAAGCUCCAGGCUGGGACUGUGUUCAUCAACACAUACAACAAGACUGACGUGGCUGCUCCCUUUGGAGGGUUCAAACAAUCUGGAUUUGGCAAAGACCUUGGAGAGGCAGCCCUGAAUGAAUACCUGAGGAUCAAGACGGUGACUUUUGAAUACUGAAGAAAGGUCUCCAAGAGAGGAAACGGCCCAGCUCAGUGAUACCUCCUCGUCCUGCACGCCCCAGACCUGCCUUCUCCAGGGGAAGCCGAGGGCUGCCUUCUCCGGUGGCCAGAUCGCCCUUUCCUCCCCAUUCCCAGGGGUGCACGGCACCUCACCUGAGGCUGAGUGAUGCCAGCCCCCCCACCUGCAUUUCCUCCUCUCAGCUGUCAGGGAGCCCUUCCUGUCCCAUCCGCCUCUGGCUGAAUGAGGAAGCAACGCCCCAGGGUAAUAAAGGCUCUGACCCGAGGCA